AGUUGCCAUGGAAGUGGUCGGGCGCGUUGCUGGGCGGAGGGAAGAUGGCGGUGACUAGCUGGCUGGAGAGUCUGCGGGCGGCCGAGAAGACGGCGCUGCUGCAGGAUGGGAAGAGGAUGGUGCACUAUUUGUUCCCUGACGGGAAGGAAAUGGCCGAAGAAUACGAUGAGAAGACCAGUGAACUGCUUGUGAGAAAAUGGCGUGUGAAAAAUGCCCUGGGAGCCUUGGGCCAGUGGCAACUUGAAGUGGGAGAGCCAGCGCCCUCAGGAGCCGGGAGCCUGGGGUCCGAGCUCAUCAAGGAAAGUAAUGCCAAUCCCAUCUUCAUGCGUAAGGACACUAAAACAAGUUUCCAGUGGCGGAUUCGAAAUCUCCCCUACCCAAAGGAUGUUUAUAGUGUCUCUGUGGCCCAGAAGGAGCGCUGUGUCAUUGUUAGAACGACCAACAAAAAGUACUACAAGAAGUUCUCCAUUCCUGACCUAGACCGACAUCAGCUUCCUCUGGAGGACUCUGCACUGAGCUUUGCUCACGCCCACUGCACCCUGAUAAUCUCUUAUCAGAAGCCAAAGGAGGUCAUGGUGGCUGAGUCCGAGCUACAGAAGGAGCUAAAGAAGGUAAAGACAGCCCACAGCAGUGAUGGGGACUGUAAGACCCAGUAGCUGUCCUGAGCUUUGCUUGGACCUCCAGUGUGAAGGAAGCUGGGCGACUUCCUGGCUUGGGCUCCUCUGGCGUGGGCAGCCUCCUCUAAGAACUUCAGAGGCCACGGACGUGGCUCUUGGGGCACAGCUUGCUUCUGCCUGUGGUUUUGUUCCUGAGUAAAGUCGUUUGGAGCUGCUCUGGAAGGA